AUGGCUAUGCGAUUUAUGAAUGGCUUGACCAGUAUCAUCAAUAUCUGCCACAAUCCAUCCGGCUUGAGGGCGCAGGUUGAAGCCCUGGGUUUUCAGCAUCUCGACCUCGAGGUGACAGCCCCUCGGGUCGCAAUUUUCCGGGAAGCCAUCGUCGAUCUCCUUGAGAUGGAGCUGCCGAAUGGACUCCCCUCUAAAGCACGGGUUGGCUUACAGGCGCUCCUGAACUACUCAGGGGGCGCGUACAUAUACAUUCGUCGCGAGUACUCCGCUCGCAUCAAAAUCAUCCAGCGCAGCUGGAGGGUCGCGAACAACAAGGCUUCUGAAGAGGAGCAGGCAGAGGAGGCCGGAGCAGCCACCGCCGCAGUGGCGGACAACGAAGAUCUGCUGCAGAAGUCGGCCGAGGAGAAGACUCAGCGAGCUGCUUCCAAGGAUUCUACCAAAGACAGCGAAGGUGCUCCGGUGCGCCGGGACUCUAAGAACGAGGCCACAAGCACCGUGAAAACCACGGCCACCGAACUCAAGGUGCCCACCACUUUUAACGAGAUGUUCCUGUUCAAUGCUGCCGUGAUGGGUUUCGGCCAAAGCACCUGGAUGCACCUCGUGCUAGACCAGUUUGACGACAUUGUGAGCAAUGUGGCGAAUUCAUACCGCCUGCAGGAGGAGUGCGACGUGCUGUCACUUGUUUUAGCACAGCAUCCGGGCUCCAUUCGCCUUUCCGAGUUCAAAGCCGUCAUGCUGGCAUCUUUGAGGUCCCUCGUGCCCAAGGAGUGGGACUCCAAUCACGAGGUCGCAUGGAAUUGGCUCUGGGAGAACGUGGAGCGGAUGCUUCGGUCUCACAUCGGCAAGCCUCAGGCGCACGAGGAAGCCCUGGGCCGAUUCAUCCUCAGCCUCUCGGAGACUUCGAUCCUCUUCUUGCGCCAGGAGCUCUAUCGAAGGUUCUUCGCCGUCGCCCCGGCCGGGCAGGACCAUUUCAAGCAGUCCACCACAAGGCUAUAUUUCAUUGCCGACAAGAUCAUCGAGAUGACCGUGGAAAUCUUCAGAUCUCCGCGGCAGAUGGUCGUCGACAUCUCUGCUCUGGGUCUCCGCCAUGUUGGUUACGAAGUGCCCACCGAGCUCUUCGCACCCUUCGUCUCGGCAGCAGUUGAUGUCGUGCGGGGGAUGACCACGGACGAUGUGGCCGAAGCAGCCUUCCGCUGGUCACUCACACUGGUCUCGAAGAUCCUGGUCCGAACGGUGUUGGAAGGCUCCACGAUCGUAAUGAGGGCCAUCAACACCAACCAGGAGAAGGCGCUGCGCAAGGCGAUCGCCGUGGCACCCCGCGGGCGGAGGGCCACAGAGUUGCUGGAGAUCCGGGUGGGCACCCAGUCCAUCUCUCCGCUCUUCUGGGCCAUUGAGAGUGGGAGCCUGAACUGUGGAAAG